AUGUCCCAUUCUGAAAACAAAAGACUAAUACUUGGCCUAAUGGUAGGAGCUGCUGGAAUUAGUUUAGCCAUGCUUUGGUAUCACAUGAGUCGGAAACGAAGGAAAGCCCUAUAUUUAUCCACGCUUCUGAACUCAGAGAACAGUUUUGAUCUGGUAGAUUUUCAGUAUGAAACGCAGAACGAGCAAGGAACAGUGAUGCUGUUGCAAGGAAGGCAGCUUCAGAUACUGGAGAAACUGAAUGGCCUACUGGUAAGCGUGGAAGAGCUUAAAAAGGAGGUGACGUUUCUGAAAGAAGCUGUCCCCAAGUUGGAAGAACUUGUUCGAGAGGAGCUCCAAGGGAAAACAGAUACUCGUAGGACCAGCCCUUUACACAGAGCAACAAGGAAACGGAAAGCUGAGGUAGCUCAAGGUGUGUCAGACACCAAUAGUUCUGAGGAGGCAGAAAGUGAAGGCAGCUAUGUUACGGCUCACACCGACACUGAAGGAGAAUCUGAGGAAGAAAAAGGAUGGAUCAGUUCAUCUGCAUCUGCUCUGACACCAGAAGAGAAAAUAGAAUUGUUUAAUCUUCUGCAGCAGGUGGACACAUUGCAUUGUGGUUCAGACAACGAGAAAAGAGAGGCCUUCAGACUGUUGCUUGAAAACGAGGAAAAGUACAAAAACUAUGCUGGCUUUCUUUGGAGACUUGCCCGAGCUUAUGGGGAUAUGUUUGAGCUAACUACAGAUGUUGAAGAAAAAAAGAAGUAUGCUUCUGAAGGAAAGCUUAGGGGUGAAAAUGCUGUUAUUCUUGAUCCAUCAAGUGCUGAGAGUCAUCAAUGGUUUGCAGUGAUGUGUGGCUAUCUGUCUCAGUUUGAAAGUAUACAGAACAAAUUCAAGAAUGGCUAUCUCUUUAAGGAGCAUCUAGACAAAGCAAUUGAACUUAAGCCUCGAGAUCCAUUUUUAUACUAUCUCACUGGAAGGUGGUGUUAUGAAGUAGCUCAGUUGUCCUGGAUUGAGAAGAAAGUUGCUACUGCUCUUUUUGGGACUCCGCCAACUUCAACAAUACCUGAAGCUUUGCAGAAUUUUCUUAAGGCAGAAGAAAUACAUCCCGGAUAUUCUAAAUACAAUUAUGUCUAUUUGGCAAAGUGCUACAAAGAACUUGGCCAGAGGACUGAUGCCUUGAAGUGCUGUGAUUCUGCACUGGCGGUUCUGCCUGUCACCAAAGAGGACAAAGAGGCCGAGAAGGAUUUAGAAGCUUUACUUCUUUCUCUGAAGCUGUGAAAAUAAACUGUGCACAUUCAGUUACCACACGUGAAUGUUACUGCAGAAGAGAUCUGCAGACCCAGGUCUCAGUUCCAGAAGUGUCCAUGUGAAUCUUGUUGAGUUCAGUGGUAUUUGUAGCCACAUUAGGCAUAAUUCCA